AUCUGUAGAGGAGCCGUGUGCUUACAGGACCUGCGAUGAUGUCACCGUCAUGUGAUCAGUCACAUGGAGGAGGAGGAGUCACAUGAUCAGGGGCUGCUGCUCUGAGAGAUCUCCACACACAACACAACAGCAGUGACUGCCCCACCAGGACCUGCUCCGUAUCUGCUACAUGCAGGAAGUGUAGGACCUGUGAUGAUGUCACAAUCAUGUGACCAGUACAUUUGGGGGUAAAGUUUUGCAGUAUAGAUGCGACUAUGGCUAAAGGACCUUUGGGGAGGAUCAGGUGACAGCAGUGGGCGGAGUUCAACAGUGCAGGAUAGAAGAGAUUGUGAUUGAAGGACCUGUGAUAAUGAUCAUGUGACAGCAGAGUCCUUCAUACACUGAGCAGAGGAGCCUAGAGCAGCAGCCCCUGAUCAUGUGAUUCCUCCUCCUCCAUGUGACUGAUCACAUGACGGUGACAUCAUCGCAGGUCCUGUAAGCACACGGCUCCUCUACAGAUACAGGUUUCUCCAAUCCAGGAUCCUCUGCUGAUAUCUUCUAUAUAAGAUAAUUCUCCUGGAUGACCCAUCAACCAUGGAGAGAGACAGGAACAAGAUGGCCGACAGGAUCAUAAACCUCACCCUACAGAUACUCUUCCGGCUUACUGGAGAGAAUUACAUAGUAGUGAAGAAGUCCUCUAGUGGGUGUUGUCGGGGAAGAACCCUGAGCCCAAUCCCAGGGCUCCCACCUCACUCCAUGAUACAUGAGGAAAUGGAUGAACAGAAGAUUCUAGAACUCAUCAACAAGAUGAUGGAGCUGCUGACUGGAGAGGUUCCUAUAAGGUGUCAGGACGUGGCGGUCUAUUUCUCCAUGGAGGAGUGGGAGUAUGUAGAAGGACACAAGGAUCAGUACAAGGAUCAGGUCAUGAUGGAGGAUCAGCAGCCCCUCACAUCACCAGUCAGAUCCAGUAAGAGAACAGCACCAGAGAGGUGUCCCCGUCCUCUUCUUCCACAGGAUGAUCAGGGAGAAGAUCCGAACAAUAUUAAUGCUCCAGAGACAGAUGUGAGCGGUGAUGAGCAGUAUAAGGAGAACAUUCCUACAGGGAAAGAUCUGAUCUAUAUUACUGCUACAGACAUAAAGGAAGAAGAAGAAGAAACAGAUGUGAGCAGUGAUGAGCAGUAUAAGGAGGACAUUCCUACAGGUAACCUCCCAGAUUCUUGUACCAGGAGAUCAGAGGAGAAUCUUAUAUCUUCAGAUUAUAAAGCAGAUGAUGAUAUCACACAAGAUACAUAUGAAGAACAUUCCAUUAUCCCAGAUACACCCUCAGCCCUUCACAGCCAAGAUCUGUCAUCUCAUCCUUAUAUACAGGUCCUGUCUUCUCAUUCAUCACAGGAUGUUCAGCAAAAUAAAGGUCACAGAAGGGGUGUUGGACAUCAACGAGCUCAUACAGGAAAGAAACCAUAUUCAUGCUCAGAAUGUGGGAAAUGUUUUAGUUUUAAAUCAGGUCUUGUUACACAUCAAAGAACUCACACAGGAGAGAAGCCAUUUUCAUGUUCAGAAUGUGGGAAAUGUUUUAAUCAGAAAUCAAUUCUUGUUGUACAUAAAAGAACUCACACAGGAGAGAAGCCAUUUUCAUGUUCAGAAUGUGGGAAAUGUUUUGCUUUUCAAUCAGGUCUUGUUAGACAUCAAAGAACUCACACAGGAGAGAAGCCGUUUUCAUGUUCAGAAUGUGGGAAAUGUUUUACUUUUCAAUCAAGUCUUGUUCAACAUCAAAGAACUCACACAGGAGAGAAGCCAUUUUCAUGUUCAAAAUGUGGGAAAUGUUUUACUCAGAAACCGCAUCUUGUUGUACAUCAAAUAACUCACACAGGAGAGAAGCCAUUUUCAUGUUCAAAAUGUGGGAAAUGUUUUACUAAGAAAUCAAGUCUUCAUCAGCAUCAAAGAAAAGAAUUCACACAGGAGAGAAGUCAAUUCAGAGCAGUAAAUGAUGCAGAUAACACAUCUAUAUAUUCACCAUGUACAUAGGAUAUCUGACAUUUAUACAUAUAUCAUAUACUGCAUCUCCA